CUGGCGGGGGGAAGCCGGGCGGAGGGGAGGGGACCCGAGAGCAUAAGAGGGGAAGGCAGGGCCGGCGGCGAGCGGAGGCGGUGACAGCCCCGGGGAGAGCCGGCAUGGCCGGGCGGGCCCCCCGCAAGCCCUGCGGCCGCCGGGGCUCGGGUGAUUUUUGGGGGAGCCGCAUCUUCUUCUUGGGGUUGCUGCUGCUGCUCCCUGGCCGGGGGGAUGCUUCUGGACCGCGAGGGCCACCGUCCCAUGGAGAGCGGGUCACCCCACACUGGCUCCUCAGGGGCCGUACCAGACGAGCUGUCAGCCUGGAUGAAAAGGUGCCAGCGCCUGCCCGGGCAAAGGUGGCCGUGAUGGCCGAGGGCAGAGAGCUCGUCCUGGUGCUGGAGAGGAACCAGCUGCUGGCGCCGGGCUACACCGAGACACACUACAGCGCGGAUGGGCAGCCUGUGACGGUGACCCCCAACCACACGGACCACUGCUACUACCAUGGGCAUGUCCGGGGCUACGGUGGCUCCUGGGUUGUCCUCAGCACCUGCUCAGGAAUACGGGGCCUGAUAGUGCUGAGCAGCAACACCAGCUACUACCUGAAACCCCUGGGGACCCCCGAGCCGGGCCACCACAUCAUCCACCGAGCAGAGCACUUGCCCAUCCAAGGUGGGACCUGCGGCCACGGCGAUGACUUCGGGAGCACCAUUGCUGACAUCGCUCGGCUCUUCCAGCCGGUGCACAACCGGGCAAAGAGAGAUGCCUGGAGGACCAUGAAGUACAUGGAGCUCUUCAUCGUUGCUGAUCACACACUGUACAGGAACCAGAACCUCAACCUGGGCCACACCAAGCAGCGCAUCGUGGAGAUCGCAAACUAUGUGGACAAGUUUUACAGGUCACUGAAUAUCAAGGUGGCCCUGAUCGGCCUGGAGGUGUGGACGGAGCGGGACCAGUGCACCGUCACCAGCGACGCCAACGCCACGCUCUGGUCCUUCCUGCAAUGGAAGAAGGCGCUGAGGUCACGCAAGAAGCACGACAAUGCCCAGCUGCUGACAGGGAAGACGUUCAGGGGGACAACCAUCGGCAUGGCCCCGCUGGAGGGGAUGUGCAGCGCGGAUAACUCCGGAGGUGUCAGCAUGGACCACUCGGAGCAGCCCGUCGGAGCAGCCGCCACUAUGGCCCACGAAAUCGGCCACAAUUUCGGCAUGAGCCACGACAGCACAGGCUGCUGCGUGGAGGCCACCCCGGAACAAGGUGGCUGCGUCAUGGCAGCGGCCACCGGACACCCCUUCCCUCGCGUGUUCAGCUCCUGCAGCAAGAGGCAGCUGGAGAACUACUUCCAGAAGGGAGGUGGCAUGUGUCUCUUCAACCUGCCCGACACCAAGGACCUGGUGGUGGGACGGAAAUGUGGCAAUGGCUUUUUGGAGGAAGGAGAAGAUUGUGACUGCGGGGAGGUGGAGGAGUGCACCAACCCGUGCUGCAAUGCACACAACUGCACGCUGAAGGCGGGGGCCCAGUGUGCCCACGGUGACUGCUGCCAGAACUGCAAGCUAAAGGUGGCUGGGACGAUCUGCAGGGAAGCGGCGGGAUCCUGCGACCUUCCCGAAUACUGCACGGGUGCCUCACCCUACUGCCCAGCCAACGUAUACCUGCUGGAUGGCUCGUCCUGCGCCUACGGCGAGGCUUACUGCAGCAACGGCAUGUGCAUGACCCACCACCAGCAGUGUGUCCAGCUCUGGGGACCAGGUGCCUGGCCGGCCCCGGACGCCUGUUUCCAGGAUGUGAACAUGGCUGGCAACACCUACGGCAACUGCGGCAAAGACAGCCAAGGGCGCUAUGUGAAAUGCGACAAGAGGGAUGCUAUGUGUGGAAAGAUCCAGUGCCAGAGCUCAGCUAAGAAGCCCCAGGGGACCAACACCGUCUCCAUCGACACCACCAUCCGCUUCAAUGGGCGGGAGGUGAAGUGCCGAGGCACCUACAUGUACACCACAAAGGAUGAUGAGGAAGACCUCUCCGACCCUGGGCUGGUGAUGACGGGGACGAAAUGUGGAGAUGGGAUGGUUUGCAAAGAUCGCCGGUGCCAGAAUGCCUCCCUUUUUGAGCUGGAAAAGUGUGUUUCCCGGUGCAACAGCCAUGGGGUCUGCAACAGCAACAAGAACUGCCACUGCGAUGCCGGCUGGGCUCCCCCAUACUGCGAGAAGCCAGGCUUGGGCGGCAGCGUGGACAGUGGCCCUGUGCAGCGUGACAAUCAUGAAGCCAUCUUAAUAACCCUUCUGCUCAUCUUCCUGCUCUUCCUCCCGGCCUUGAUGAUGAUCAUCUACCUUUGGUACCGGCGGGAGAACUCGCUCCUGAAUAAAUGGAUUAAGGAGAUGAGGAGGAGGAGCCAGGAGACUUAUAGGAACAAAACCUUCAGUCGGAAGUCACCCGGUGGCCAUCCCAAAGCUGCUUUCACCUUGCGGAACAUUUCCACCUCCAGCCACACUAAUAAAGCAACGCGGGCUGCGUUCCCCCCCAAACCCAGCACUCACCAGCCCGGCUCUCAGCCUGUCAACGUUGUCCACCCUCUUCGCCCGGCUCCCCACUCCAUCCCUUCGCGCCCAAGAGAUCCCAAGCCUGCCAGGCCACCUCCGCCACUCAGCAAAUCACCCAUGGUGCCCACCAAAAUGGUUGUCUCCCAGGCUAAGCUGCCGCCUCCAAAGAAACCUCUUCCCUGCAGCCCCGUGAGGACCCCGCUGAUUGUCCCAAAGCUCCAGCCUCCCCGUCGGCCUCUGCCUGGAAGUCCUCUUCUGGCCAAAGAGCUGCCUCCUGCACAUGGACAGACCCUGCUGGUCAUGGUCCCUCCUACCAACUUCAAGGCAUCGGGUACAAGUGCCGUAAGCCACCCCACAAGGCCAUUAAAACUGAUGCCACCUCAAAGGCCAGUCCCAGCCAUCAAAGUCCAAUCAACCUCCUUGCCCUUGAAGAAGUGACAAACCAAGGACACCUUAAGCCCAUCCUUCCUGAGCUGGCUCUCCUGAUUUGCACUGCUGCUGGCGACAGGGGUCUUUUAUUCCUCUCUUGUUUUAUUUGUCUUUUGAUACCAGAGGACUAUUUUUAUAAGACAGAAUAUGUAUUCAGCACAAAAACUGUAGUGGUGGGGGGAGGAGAGGGGAAAUUGGUACCAUGACGUAACUAAGGGUUUUGGUGGGUUGCUGGUGGGGUUACCAUGAUGGAGACUCCACCACAGCUCCUGGCAUCGCUUCCUGGCCAAUUUAUUCCCCAGCUUUAGUUUCUUCUUGACAUUGCACAUGGGCUGGGAUGGGGUGACUUGGGGUCAAGUGAACAUCCAACACUUACAAAAGAUGCUGACGACAGUGGCAGCGAAAGCUGUGUAAUAUGCUUCUAGCUACCUCCUCCUUCUCCUCCAGGCCUGUUGAGACCCCCCCACCACUUGCUGCCACCAGAGUUCAAUGCUGGGCAUUGUCUCCGGGGAGACAUUUGCCACCAAAGAAAAGUGGUUUCCAGUUUGGACUGUGCCAUACAGUGCUGGGAUAUUUUCAUGAAGGAUCCAAGUACUCAGGUUCCUCCUGGCCUCCUGCCUGAUUGCACAAGAAAAAACAGUGACAAUCCUGGGGUCCUACCUGGAAGGAGAAGCUGCCUGGGAAACGGUUUAAUGUCUGAAGUGCUGGUGGCAGCUGAUUACCAGGGUGCGUUCAAGGGGCUCAGGAGCCCUCCAUAAACAUUGCAUGUUCCCUGCUCAUGGGACAAGCCCAGCAGUGGCUCUGUGAGCUGCUAACACUCUGCUGUCCAAAGGGGGAAGGAGCCACAAGCCGGGAACAAGAGCAGGAACACCUCCUGCCUGUGUCAUUGGCUUGCCCAAAGGCCUUGGCCAAGCCAUUGCAUUUCUCUGUGCCUCAGUUCCCCCCAUCUGUAAAAUGGGGGGUAAUACCUACCUCACAGGGGUGUUGUGAGGUUUAACAAACUGAUAUCUUGAAAGGGCUUUACAAUCCUCAGAUGAAAGGUGCUGUUGACCUGCACAGUAUUAUACCGUGCCACUUUCCUAUGACUUGACAUGCGGCUCUGUCAGGGUCUGAAAUGAGAACAAAGGCUUUGUACAGUC